AUGGUGCUGGUUCCUGUCUGGUAUAGUUCAUUUAAAAGACAUUCCAAUGUUAAGAUGUAUGCCCAAAUGUCGAAAGUCUUAGGCAUAACAGACAACAACCAUGUUCUGGAAACAUUUAUGACAAAAGUUGAGACAAAUCUUAAAUACUGGGGAAGAUGUGAGCCUGUGUUUGCAAGUCUUCAGUUUCUAAAUGACCUUUCUGCUGGAUAUCCUUUUCAUUUCUCCUGAAAAAGCUUGUGCAAAAUAGAGGCUGUGAAAUUCAUGCUUCAGAAUCACACAAGUAAGCACUUUCCUUUCUUGGGCAUCAGUGAUAAUCAGCCCAGUGACCUCAGGUGCUGGGCAGUGUUCUAUGCUACUCUCACUCAUCUUCUCAUGGUAGAUUUAGGUGAAAAUGAGGAUGAGUUUGAGAAUUUCAUGCUUCCUCUCACAGUUUCAUUUGAAAGUGCAACUCAGAUCUUCAACAGUAGUUUUGUACAAGAAGCAGCAAAGCGUAUGUUGAUCGGGCUGGCAAGGGAUCUUCAAGGGAUUGCCUUUGCACUAAACACAAAGACCAGCUACACCAUGCUGUUUGACUGGAUGUACCCCAUAUACAUUUCUGUUCUGCAAAGACCUAUUGAGCUGUGGUACUGUGAGCCUGCGUGCACAACCCCCAUCUUGAAGCUGAUGGCAGAAUUCCCGCAAAACAGAUCGCAACAUUUAAAUUUUGAUGUAUCAUCUCCAAAUGGAAUUUUUCUCUUCAGAGAAGCUAGUAAAAUGAUUUCUACCUAUGGUAAUCAGAUCCUCUCUCUUGAGACUUUGUCAAAAGAUCAGGUUUAUCCGUUGAAACUCAAGGGCAUUUCCAUCUGUUACUCUGCACUCAAAUCUGCCUUAUGUGGAAAUUAUGUCAGCUUUGGCGUCUUCAAGUUGUAUGGGGACAACCACUUUGACAGUGUACUUCAGGCCUUUGUCAAAAUGCUGCUUUCAGUAUCCCACAGUGACUUGCUACAAUAUCAAAAGUUAAGCCAGUCUUACUACUCACUUUUGGAGUGCCAGACCCAAGAUCAUGUGAGUUUCAUUAGCAGCUUAGAACUUAGCAUCCUAAUCUGUAUUCUUACCUCAGUAUCUGAAGGACUGACUGCACUCAAUAGAGUUGUAUCUUCCAGCUGUUGUGCUAGUUCAGACUACUUCUUCAAGCACCUCGCUGAAGAAGGCAAGAAGACUCAAAGAGGUAGAGAGAUUUCACAGGAUGGACAGAGAUGGCUUCAUUUCAUGCAGCAGAACCCAGAAGUUCUACAGCAGAUGAUGUCCAUCCUAAUGAACACCAUCAUUUCUGAAGACUGUAGAAAUCAAUGGUCUGUGUCAAGACCACUGGUUGGACUUACACUUCUCAAUGAGAAAUACUUCAGUGAGCUGAGGGCAACCUUGAUAACCAGCCAGCCUGACAGCAAACAGGAAGUCCUUGACCAGUGCUUCAGGAAUCUUAUGGAAGGAGUUGAGCAUAACAUUUUGGUAAAGAACAGAGACAGGUUCGCUCGGAAUAUGUCAGUCUUUUGCAGAGACAUGGCUGAAGCCCUGCGCACUGAAGGGGCCUUGGAUCCCAGCACUUUAGAUAUGAUGAGUUGA